AAAAACGUCUUUGUGCUCACGUGUUGGAGAAAUCGCAGGAACAGUUUAAGAACUAACAAAUACCUAAUAAUUUUAUAUUCAAUUAUCGUAUAAAUUACUGAUCAAGUAUUGGAUUUUUAAGUGUUAAACUAAAGUGGAAAACUAGUGAACAUCUAUCUGAAAUCUGUCCAAAAUCGAUCGAAUCUAAACUUGAUCGGAAAAUCAAAAGGUCCCACGGGUAGUUCUAGUGUCGUGUACAAGUUUCGUUUUACUCGUGAUAACCUGGAAGACAUGCCGGAAACAUCGAUGCUGAUCGAUUAGCGAAGCAUGCCAGAAAGCAGCUUCCUAUCGACAUCCGGAUUCCUUUUAGGUGAAAAGGAACUUCUGUCGACUUGUGAAUGCUGAUGAUCGUCUCUUUAGGGUAGGUGAGAGGUGACAUAAGUGGUUUAUUAUUAUAUGCAAUCCCAUAGCAAACUUAGCAUCGUAGAGGAACAUAGAACGGAGCGAAAAUUAUGUCGGCAAAGAGCUUCAAUAAUUACACAUUCAGUCCACGCGACUUAAUGGCAAACAUUUGCAAUUUUUGCGGAAGCACUAAACCAAACGUCGAUGGACUUCUGCAAACUGAUUUGAAUUUAGAUUCAACUUUCUUAGAAAUGGCAGCAACACAUUUCUGGUUUUCGGAAGAUGAGCUUAAAUCUUUCUGCAUAUGCCACUUGUGUAGAGAAAAAUUGCUUGCUUUCCAUCAGUUUUACUGUCAAGUACAGAUGCUGUAUGCUCCCAAAGCGGACAUAAAAGUGGAAAACAUCCCCAAUAAAACUGAUGAAAACGACAUUGAGGUUGAGCCUCUGAAUAUCAAAACGGAAGUGGAUAGUUCAGGCGAAGAUGGAAAAGUUGGUCAACCAGACAUGGACGAGGUCCAAGACGAUCGACCACCUCACCUAUUGAUCAAAAACAAAGACAUACGGCUAUUCUGCGAUAUGAAAUGCCCUUUCUGCUCGGAGCAGUUUGAUACAUUCGACCUUCUCAGAGUUCACUGCCGCCUAGUCCAUAAGCAGAAGAGUUACGUGACAUGUUGCAACAGCCAGUUCAGUAUUUACAGCAAACUUCAGGAGCACAUUCUUGCUCAUAUAGAUCCGAACUGUUUUCGCUGUAAACUUUGUGACUCAAAUUUGAGAUCAAUGAGAAAUCUAAUCCGCCAUCAGAACACAGUUCAUCCAAACGAUGGCGAAAAAACUUACGACUGCGAGUUGUGUACGGAAAAGUUCUCCGCUCGGUACUUGCUGAAUGAUCAUAUUACUAUCAUUCAUUCAAGCGACAAAAAAUUCGAGUGCCCACACUGUUUGAAACGGUUUAUUAAUUCCAAACAGGUUACGUAUCACAUCCGAUAUAAGCACACAAACGGAGAGCAACUGAAAUGCGAAGUAUGCUCCAAGGUGUGCACGGGUAAAUCGAAUUUGGAGAGACACCGGUCUUUACAUUCGAGUACCAGGGUGAACUGUCCGAUAUGCGAGAGAUCGUUGAAGAACGAAUGGACCUUGCAGAAGCAUCUCAAAAGCCACCGGGAAGCAACGAUGAACAUCAAAUGUAGUUUCUGCGAUAAAAGCUCGCCGAACCUACACGCAUUGAGGCAACAUGUCAAGGCGGCACACACCGAACAGAAGCGACGCUACCAGUGCCCAUCAUGUGAUAAAACAUUCAAUCGGACGUUUUGUCUGAAGGUACACAUGACUGUUCACACGGGAGAAUUGCCGUACUCUUGUGAUGUCUGCGCCAAGCCGUUCAGAACUGCGGCCAACCUUUAUGGUCAUCGGAAGGUACAUCAUCCGGAAGAAUUCAGGAAGCAAAAGGUGCAAAAGUUGAUGCCUGUGAAGGAAGAAGUGUUGACGGAAUAAAGUGAUACAAAGAUUCGUUGCGCAUGCCUCAUUUGCCGCUGUUUCUCUGAUAUUCUACAGCAGUGUUUCGCAACCGGUGGUUUACUGACUCCUAGGGGACUGGGACCACCUCUCAAGGGGUACGCGUAGGGAUGAUUCCUGAUAAUAAUUAAAUAAUCAAUAAAUAAUAAUGAUUAUCAAUUCACCGUAAAUAGUCAAUAGAUUUUCGACAUGUUUCAGCAAAUCAACUUUUCAAAACUGACGAAGUAAUGCAUAAUAACUGUAACUGAAGGAAUCCAACAAUUUCUGUUCUAAUUUUAUCUCUUUGAUUGAAUAGUUUCCCAUGUGAAUGCUGGUUGUUUUUUCGUGUAUUUCCCCAAAUCAUUAAAAAAUCUUAGAGAGUUAAAUAAAUGAAAACCAAAUUUCA